AUGCGAGCAGUUGUUCAACGCGUCAAAUCAGCGAGUGUUAAGGUAGACGGCGAACUCGUUUCGGAAAUCGGCGCAGGCGUACUUAUUUUCCUCGGCGUUGCCCAUGAGGAUACAACGACAGAAUUAGAAUACAUUGCCAACAAAGUCGCAAAUCUGCGUAUCUUCGAGGAUGCGGAGGGUAAAAUGAAUUGCUCACUCCUUGAAACGGGAGGGGCGGCACUCGUUGUCUCGCAAUUCACCCUCUACGGCGAUUGCCGAAAAGGGCGACGCCCCAGUUUUAUCAAAGCCGCUCGUCCCGAAACCGCGAAUGCACUUUAUGAACAGUUCAUCACCGCCUUAGAACAGCAAAACAUCCGUACGCAAGGCGGCACCUUUCAAGCGAUGAUGGAUGUCCAACUCAUUAACGACGGUCCCGUCACCAUUUUACUGGAUAGCGACAAACAGUUUUGA